AUGAGCAAAAAGUUCAAAUCUCAGGCCUCUAGCAGUCGCGCUGCUGCUAGUGCCUUUGGGUCAUUUGGAGGCUUCUCCGGUGGGCUCUCCAGUCAAGGAAGAGAGCCAUCUGCUCUCACCUACAUUGCAGCACCACCAGAUCUUUCUCGUAUUGCGGACCAACACCUGGUCAUCGCAUUCAAAAAUUUGCUUAAAAAAGAUGAUAUCACACGAACAAAAGCUUUGGAGGAGUUGAGGGAUCAUAUUUCUAAAGUCGAGGGGAACAGUGGAACUCUGGACGACGGGUUCCUGGACGCCUGGGUCAAAAUUUACCCUCGGCUCUCAAUUGAUCUCUCCCGCAGAGUUCGACAAAUUGCCCACCCGAUCCAAGGUACAAUUGCCGGCCUUGUGGGAAAGCGCAUUGUGCCCAAUCUACCAAAGGUCAUCGGAGCAUGGCUUGCCGGUAUUUACGAUAACGAUCGACCGGUCCAACGAGCCGCCCUCGAAUCAUUUACCAGGGUCUUCUCGUCAGAAGAAAAGAGGAGCAAUGUGUGGAAGAUCUACCAAAGCUCCAUCUUGGACUUCGUAGAUGAUGUCAUUCUUCGCCAAACAGCCUUGACACUCAGUGAUGAGAGGACAGUCAAGAGAGAUGAUGCUGAGGGAAAGUACGCUCGCGUUGUUGGGGCUGCAAUUAUGCUCUUCAACCGGGUACUGGGAAACUCGGCUGAUGAAGAUCUGGAAAAGAACCUCUCAGAGAUUGAGACUUUAUUAGGAAGCAAGCCCCUUUGGGCUCUCUGUCACCACGAUGACCCGUAUGUUCGUCGAUCUGUAUACAUUCUGCUUCGAUCUGCAGUUUCUCGAGAGCCUGGAUGGCUUGACUGGAAGAUCCUCAGCUCAUCCAUCAUUGGAAAGUCGUUGUCUCUCCAGCAGACUGGUUCGGGCUCCGAACUGUCGGAGUCUCUUCUUCUGUUGACAUCGUCAAGGCCUCAGGUGUGGACUGAUGAUUAUACCGGGAAAUCAUCUGCUUCGAAGAGAUUGCUACAGUAUAUGCAGAAAGGAUCCCAGGGUGGGCAUGGUAACUACUGGUCAAAUCUAGGUCAAUUGCUUCGGAUCAUCCCUCAAGAGGUACUGGCAGGUGCCGACAAGGCAACUGCUGAUGAAGGAAUUACAUCCACCAGCGCAAUUGCCCUGACAGAGGCUUUGCAGGAAGGCCUUAACUCGAGAGAAGAGCCGCGCCAAAAUCUGGCUGUCGGAUGGAAAUCUUACAUCCAGAUCGGAACGUGGCUUGCAACCCUGAUCCCCGAAGAUCAAAGAUCCGAAUUCAUUGAAAGGAGACUUUCUCCCCUAGUGGUACACUAUGUGCAAGUUAAUCCAGAACUGUCACAGUGGUCUCUUCCUGCUCAAUCAGCCGAAGGAACUUGCGUCAGUUAUCUCUGCACCUUGGCUUCUACAAGACAGGAACAGGCAUUACAAUCAUUGUGUGCAGCCCUUUCCGACGGUCUAUUAGAAGCAGUGAAGUUAUCAUCGCCAGAACAAUCAAAGGAUUUCCGCGCUUCACAAGACUCAAUAUGCGCCCAGUCAAUACGCCUAUUGGCUCUACAAUCUGCCGCUCUCUCCCGAAUCGCAGAAACCGAAGUCGAACCUCAAGUCUUGGAGAUCUUUGAAAAAGCAAGUUCAUCUCUUCUCGAGGGUUGUCUGCAGGUUCUGCGCGCCCGCAAUGGAAAGCCGUAUGGAGCUGCAGCCGCUGUAGAGGAGUGUGUUCGCAGUAUGCCAUCUGUAGCCAAGAAGUCUCCAUAUCUUCUUCAGUUUGUUCAAAAUGAUAUGCCGGAGCUUUUGGUCUCACCAUCUGCAGACCGCUUGAUUGCGAUAAUUCUGGCCUGUCGGGAAUGGGAUGGUUACGCGUCCAGUUUCGAGAACAUUGUGGAACAGGCGCUGGCUCUGGAGCCAGAGCAAUCAAACGUGCAUGUGCUUCAAAGCUUGCUCUCUUCUCUCAACUUCAACGAGGUUGAUCACAAAGAAAAGCUCAACUCGCUUGUCGUCCGGGCUCUUGAUAAAGCUUGCCGAGGAAGCCAUGCACAUUGGCCUAUCAUCACCGCUGUUCUCCAGAACAAGUCAUCACACGGCGAAUUGAUGGACCAAAUCUUCUUGUCUCUGAUUGAUGCCUUGUCCUCAGACGACGGAAUCUUUGAUGCCUUGCAUGGGCUUUCGCACAUUGGAACAACUGCUCCGUCAUCGGUCCGGGAGUUCCAAGCUGGACCUCACGGGUCAAAAUUAGCGGGCAAGUUGCUCUUCCUUGCAGAAUCCCCCGAGGAGGAAGUAUCAAGCGUAGCGGAUUCAUUGCUGAAGUCCUUGAAGGCAACUGCUGUUGGCGAUACGAGUGCCAAGUCAGGCGUCGAAAUUCUUCAACAUGGUUUCAGUAACGUGAACGAAGAAUCAUUAUCGAUCGAAUCGCUUCUUGCUAUAGCAGACGAGUUGCUGCCAGGUCUUACAGCCGAAGGUGCAACUGGCACAGUCAAAGAUAUUUUGCCCACUCGCCGCUCAUGGGAGGAAGCUUUGAGUCCUUUCCUUCAGCUCCCGCCUCGCUCUUCUGUCGCUAUCACGAGUCCUCUUGGAGGUAUCGUUUAUCUGGUUGGCCGGGAGCUUUCUGACUCUUUCAAGGCCUUGUGGCUUACAAUUCCUCGUGACUCAGACCAUUGCUCUUCUGCUUUCCGUCUGGCAACCUACACUAUCAGUAUCUUAACAAAUUCCGAGGUAGUGAAGCACCUGGAACAGGAAGAUCUGGAGACUUUGUUCCAGUUCCUACCCUUGGCUGUUCAACUAAUUGAUGAUGAUCUGAGUAUUGAAAACUCCAAUGGUAUCUCAGGUCUCGAAUUGGCCGAUCAGCGUGAGGAAUACAUGGAGACCGUCUUCAAUGGUCGAAAGGUUAUUGGCGGCUGGGUUCGUGCGAACGAACCAGUUGCCUCCGUGCCGGAUCUGACGGUUUCCUCCUUAUUCACUAAGCUCUGGGAGACCAGGUUGGAAGAGCUCAAGGGCACAUCGCCAACGGACUAUCGGGUUGGCGAAACCUUUGUGAAAAUCAUGACCGCUGUUGAUUCAUCGAAAUCGUCAGAUGAUGUUGCAAAGAUUUGCAGAGAGGCUCGGACAGCAAAUGCUAUCCGUUCAGCAUCCUGGUUUGCCGUGCUGCGAGGCCCUAUCCUUUCAAACCCCAUUGGAAAUCGGAUUUGCAAUGAACUGGUCGCGGAUUCUACAGGGCUCAAGCCCCAGGAUGCUUCUCUGGAUGGCCUGCGCAAGCUUGCACUCCUCAAUAUCCUCCUUUCUGGGGAAGAAGAGGUCAUCUCCACCAUUCCCACGCAGCGAUUGGUUUUCUUGACCAAACACUUGAUCGAGUGUCUCCGAUCUGACUCGAUGCCUCUUGGUCUGAAGGCUGAAAUUAUUAAAACGCUUUCUUUUGUUCUCCCGGCUCUGAGUGAAAUUUACGGGUCUCACUGGGAAGAAAGCAUGGAUAUUCUGAGCGCUGUGUUCCGGGAAACUAAUGGAGGUGAAGAUUCUUUGCCGCUGCUCGUAUCAUCAUUCAGGCUGUUCUCGAAAUUGAAGUCCAUCUCAGAGGGUGACAGCAAUGACGAUGUCCAAGACGCUUGGUCAGACCGAAAGACCAAUCUUUUCAAUGAUGUGGCGUCUACCAUUGACAAAUUUGACUCGUCUACCACAUUCCACCAGCCUCGCGACGUUGCCGUUGAGUUAUUGCGGCGCCUGAUCACUACCAUCCCGGUCGAUAAACUAGAAGAUGUCAGUGAGACCUUCCAUCUUCUGACUGCACACAGCCGAGCAGUACAGAGGACUGCUUACACGAUUCUCCAUCGCUAUAUCCCCCAUUGCCAGGAGCAAGUAUCUUUCGAUGUCGCCUUGUCAAAGACUGCUGUCAGUCUUCCUGAUGAGCUGGUGUCUCUGUUGCUUGAGCCACCAACGAUGCAAAUGAUAUCUUCUGGCUAUGGAGACGAUAAAAUGUGGACCACAAUACGCUCAUACCUCCUGGCCUGGCAGGUGGUGUUUGACCACUUCUCGAACGCAUCGCUUCCUGUCCAGGAGUAUUACACUGCUAACAUCAAGGAGAACCACGUCCUCAUUCCACUACUGGAGUUCACGUUCGAUUUCCUUCAGAAGUCCCACGGAAAGAUGAUUGAUGCGUCCAGACUUGACGUUCGGUCCUUCGAACCAGAUCAAUCAGAUUCCGCCGAGAAGGAAACACAAUGGCUCUUGGUCCAUUUGUACUACCUGUGCCUGAGAUAUUCGGCCAACAUGACCAAGAAUUGGUGGAUUGACACCAAGAAGCGUAUCAAGGGCCCAGUAGAGUCAUGGACAGAGAAAUACAUCUCCCCUCUCGUCGUCGAAGAUGCCCUCAAGGGCGUAACCGACUGGGUCGCAACCCAAGAUCCAAAUGAAGAGCGAGCGUUAGACGUGAAAAUCUCAGCGAAGACAGGAGAAAUCAUCGCAUCCAUCCCCGUCGACGAAGAGUCCCCUCCAGUCGCCAUCUCAAUCUCCCUACCUUCCGCAUACCCUCUCCAACCCGCACUGGUCGUCGGUCGCAGCCGCGUGCUCGUCGACGAGAAGAAGUGGAAGAGUUGGCUGCUGACAAUCCAGGGUGUGAUCAUGUUCGCCAAUGGAAAUCUGGUCGACGGCCUGCUGGCCUUCCGACGGAACGUCCAGGGUGCCCUCAAGGGCCAGAGCGAAUGUGCCAUCUGUUACUCGGUUAUCUCGACGGACAUGCAAACGCCCAACAAGCGUUGUGCUACCUGCAAGAACACUUUCCAUUCGGUUUGUUUGUUCCGCUGGUUCAAGAGCAGUAACCAGAGUACUUGUCCUCUGUGCCGGAAUAACUUUGUUUAUGUAUAA